GCUCAGAGCCCAGCCCACCGCUCAGCUGUUAUCGACUGACUUGCUUGUACAGUAGCUGCGGAGUGAAUACCUAGAAUCUGAGAAAUUGCAAAUAUGUUGGGUUGUUUCAUGACGAAAAGGAUCGAAAUUGUUACGCUUUUAUUUAUGCUGGCGGUUUUCCCCGCAGUUUACUCCUGUGAUCCAGCAACACAGUAUGAUAAUAAUGGGGAGUGUUGUAAUAAGUGUGGGCCAGGCACAAGGAUGUCAUCCGACCAUAGUGGUUGUUUUGAUCCACAUUGUAUGCCCUGCCAAGAGAAUGAAUACCAGGAAGCAUUCACAGAGAAGAUCAUCUGCAAAGUGCAACCAUACUGUGACCAAAAUAAAAACUUUGAGGGCAGUACCAAUAGGAGCAAAACAAGCCUCAGCCAAUGCAUAUGUAAGGCAGGACACCACUGUUCCAGUAAAGAGUGCCUGACAUGUGUACCACACACUAAAUGUGGACCAGGACAAGAGACACUUUACACCGGUGACCACAUCCGGGACACGGUGUGUCAGGCCUGUCCUGCAAACACCUUCUCCAGCGACAGCUCAGCAGAGAGCAAGUGCAAGCAAUGGACAGUUUGUGACAAAGGAUCCAAAACUGAAGCCAAUGGGACAUCCACCUCUGACAUUGUCUGUGUGUUAGUACCCACAUUCUCUGGAAGAAUAGCAGGAUGUUCCCUUGUGGUUGUUGCAUUGGUCACGAGUGUUGUGGGCAUUAUCCUGUGGAAAUAUAAAGGUAAACAUGGAGAGGCCUACAAGAAAGGAAAGGAACCCUGUGUGGAGUGUCUAGGGUGGGAGAGGAGACCUACAGAAGACAGAAACAAUGAAGGGAGAAACUCAGAAGGACCUGAUGAGGAAAGGGAACAACUCAAACCUAUGAUCCAAAAUGGAAAGCCACUAUCACCACCAUCACCAGGUACUCAAACACCAGUGGAGAAUGAUGUCAACGACUCUCAAGCCGAGUCUUCUGCCAAAACUGAAGAGAUGACAGAAAAUGGACAUGUGGUGGCACAGGAGCAGGGUAAACAACACAAUACUUAUUUGUCUGAUCCACAAAUGGUAUCACAUAACCACUCGGCUUUACCCAGUGCCGAACACAAUAUACAAUGGUCAGAUUGUGCAUUACCAUGAAAUAUUCAUUAAAUAUUGCUGAAUAUGCUGUACAUUGUAAACUGUUUUAAAAAGUAUUGGUUGUUACUGUAUUAUGUUAAAGAACAUUUUCAUAAGCAUACUAGAGUAUACCUGUAUUGUGUUUUCUGUUGUAAUUACUCUCCUUUGCACUAAACUAUUGGUUAAAUCAACGUUGUUUCCACAUCAUUUCAAUGAAGUUACAUUGAACCAACAAUAGACGUGGAAUUGGAACUGUGCCCAGUGGGUGUGUUGGUGAAAUGACCAAAUCACCCUCUAGUGGCCUCAUGGGUGGAAUGUUAUUCAUAUGUUUCAUAAUUAAUAAAAUGUAAAAAAU